CAACGCUUUUUCGCAUGCGAUUUUAUCGAACAAGAUUUGUAUGAGCGUUUCUACAUACACCGAGACUGCAGCUGAGAAAAAAGCUGACAGCAUGCUUUGACAGCGACUGACAGCAUUUUCGGUGAGAGAAAUCUCCUCAGCAUGCAAAGAACGAUGGAGCUGAGAAAAAAUUAAAUUGGCAGUUUAUAGCGAACGAUCAAUUAUAGUUUGCAUUUUUGCAGUCUAAUAAUCGUAGAAAUAUUACUAACAAGUCAAAGAAUUUUUUUACUUCAUUUUAGCGAUUCAAAUGGAUUUUUACAACAUAAUUUUAAAAGUCUCAUCUCGGCGCUUUCCGGAGCUUCUGCACACACCGGCGUGAGAAACCGGUUGUCAAUUCUCUCACAGCCAUCUCUCAGCUGCAGUCUCGGUGUAUGUAGAAACGCUCUAUGGGAUUUGACAGAUAACGUCGGACGUGCGAUUUCGUCGCCCGACGUUAUCUGUCAAAUCCCAUAUAAAAAUUUGACAGGCCGUCCGAUAAAAUCGCAUGCGAAAAAGCGUUGCCACCGCCCCAAGUAACAAAUGAGGAUAGCGAUUCUUGAAACAGUAUCCCAAGCGCCACAUAUUAAGCUUAAACGACUGAAAAAUCGAAUAUCUGUAGUUUUCGGUAGGACAAAUGGAAAAUCGGUAGUUUUAGGGCGGUCAUCUGUGAAUCGGUAGGCAUAUAAAAAAUCGGUAGGAAUACAGAUAAAUCGUUAUUUCUGGUCACUCUGGUCAGAUGCCAGUGUGUUUAGCAGGGUAGGUUGAAGGCUGGACUGCGACAGUUGGGUUUGACAGAAAACAUCGCACAACAUCGCUCACAAUUCGAGAAAGUUUCAAGAUGUUUUAUUUUAUUUUUUAAUUUUUUCAAUUCUGGAGCAGAAAUUAUACAAAAUCUUAAAACUUUGUUGAUGAUUUUGAUCUAAAAAUGCAAAAACAAUACAACAUCGUGCACGAAACAUUCAAAACUUAACGAACAACAGCUUGAACGAAACUACGCUUUUGGCGCCAAACGUCACGAGUUGUUUACCUUUCGGUGGUGGCGUGCGGCACAAGCAAAACUGUGAUAAAAUCAUUUAAAAAGAACUUAACUGACUGACUAAAAAGAAAAUACGAACCAUGCCGGACGGCUGCAGUGAUUUGGACAGCACGCGCAGGUUCCUCAAAGUCCGUCUGCUCACCGAUCGUGCGUCGUUUCACGGGUACGAAGCGGAGCGGCAACAAAUCCACGAUCUGCUCGAGCGCACCGCGGAACAUGGUGAAUCAAACAGUGCGCUGCUGCUGGGACCGAGAGGGAUCGGGAAAACCACCCUGGUAACAUCCGUGCUGGUCCAACUGCUGUCCAAAGAAACAUUCCACCGCAACAGUUUGGUCGUGUACCUGAACGGUUUGAUACACAUCGACGAUCGGAUUGCCCUGAAAUCAGCAACCGCCCAAAUGAAUCUCGAAAAUGCGGUCGACGGUAAAGUGUUCGGUUCGUUCGCAGAAAAUCUUGCCUUCCUGCUGGAAUGCCUCAAGGCGGGCGAUCGGAAGAAAUCCAAGAGCGUCAUCUUUCUGCUGGAAGAGUUCGAUCUGUUCUGCUCGCACCACAACCAGACGCUGCUGUACAACCUGUUCGACGUGGCCCAGUCCGCUCAGGCACCGAUCUGUGUGCUGGGCCUGACCGCCCGCCUGGACGUGAUCGAGCUGCUCGAGAAGCGCGUAAAGUCACGCUUCUCCCAUCGGCAAAUCUUUCUGCUCCCGCGGGAGGACGGGUUCGAGGAACGGUUGGAGCUGUUCGGCAGCUUGCUGAAGCUGCCCACCGAGCAGGAGGUACGCACGUUCGCUGCCACCCAUCCCACCAUCCCGCCGGACGUGCUCAACAACGACGAGCUAGCGCUGCUGCGCAAUCUGUUCAAUCCACGCCAGUACAACCUGCCCUCCAAAUGGGUCACACAGUGGAAUCGGACCAUCGACAAGCUGCUCAAGAGUGCGGAAGUGCAAACGGUGCUGCAGAACAUGUACGAGUACGAUGUGCUGGAAGGGCCGUUCCGGAUGCAGCUGUUUGAGCUGGUGAACGGGCUGGACGAUGAACAUGGGGCCAUUACGAUCGAGUCCAUUCAGCAGCUGGGCGAACGGUACGAAUCGGACGACAAGGUAAAGCUGCUGGCCGGAUCCUCCGUGCUCGAGAUCUGUCUCGUCAUCGCGAUCAAGCACCAUUCGGAGAUUUACGAUCGCGAUCCGUUCAACUUCGAGAUGAUACUGACGCGCUUCAGCAAGUGGGCCAACAGCAGCUCCAGCAUGCAGGGCAUCGAGCGGCCGGUCGUGCUGAAAGCGUUCGAGCAUCUGAAGCAGCUGGAGUUUGUCGCACCGCUUACCGGGGGCGGGCUGGCGAAGGUCCAGAAGGAGUACCAGCUGCAUCGGUUGCUGCUAACGUACGGCCAGAUACGUCAGGCCGUUCAGCGGAUGCAGUUUCUACCGACCGAAAUCAGCCAGUGGGAGCAGAGCUCGCUGGUGUGAGGAUCGGCGGCGGGGGUGUGUUGGAACAGGUUGCGGAAUAAAUUAUACUCACUUAUUUAUUACGAAUCAGAAAAAGGGGGA